AUGGAGGACACAGAUACCGCGAACAAUGCUGCGAGCAGAGCGGGCUCUGCAGAGGUGAAGGCCGAAUCACCAGGCAUGAGCACCAGACCACAGCAGCAACAGCAACAGUCAGCGGCGACAAAGAGGACAGUGUGCGAUCACUGUCGAAGGAGAAGAAUCCGCUGCGAUGGCAAGUUUCCCUGCGAGCAGUGCGUGCACGCCUCUCUCACUUGCAAGCGUGAUCAUGUCCCCAAGAAGAGGGGCCCAAAGCGUGGGCAUGGGAGGGUGAUCAAUGAGUUGCGAGCGAGGGAGUCGUCGCAGAAGCACCAGCAACAACAGCAACAGCAACCAGUCCAGAAACCUUUCAACGCAGAAAAUGCGCUCGAGAGCCCUACAGAGUAUGUGCGGCGUCGCUUAUCAGCAGCCUGCCCGCCGCUGAACUUGGAUAGCGUCGACAUUGGAAUGAGCGGAAGCGACCUCGGUGAGGCUGCGUCGCAGCACUCAUCCAACGCGUCAGCGGCAUCGACCCCCCCGAGCUUUUGGGCGGCCGUCACUUCGAACCCAGCCCACAGCAGUGUACCGGAACCCAGGGGCAUCUUCUCGAGCGACGAAAUGCGGCCAAGGACACGAAACUAUUUUCACAUGAUCCCCCAGUUGGUCGAGUUGUACUACGAGCACAUAUAUCCUAUUAUGCCGCUUAUCUUCAUGCCGGCAAUCCGCGAGACAAUAAGUCGGCCAGCCAUGACACCGAGCGAGAAGAACCUCAUCUAUGCCAUGUGCGCCCUCACCUCGAUGCACAUGUCCGGUAAGAGCAUAGGUGCUCCGGGGCCAACAUCGUGGGAAGUUGUAGGGAGGUUUUUCCUGGAUGAGACCAUCUCAACGAGGCAGUCUUACGACUUCCUCGAGGACUUGUCAUUGUCCGCCGUGAUCUCAUCCUUUUAUUUGAGCACAUCCUUCUUUGAGAUUAACCAGUCGCGCAAAUCGUGGUACUACUUGCGUGAGGCGUUGACCAACGCGCAGGACCUAGGACUGCAGGACGACUCGACCUACUAUGGCUUGAGUCGCGAGGAGACGCUGUGUCGGCAGAGAGUCUUUUGGAUUCUCUUCGUGACAGAAAGAUCUUUUGCGAUUUUGCGCAACAAGCCGAUCACCUUCAAGAGAACGCCUUCUCUCCCAACAACACGGCAUCCCUAUGAGGGACCGGACAUUCAUGCGGGAUUCCUGCAGCUCGUUUCAUCCUACACACCUCUCGACGAAUCGUUCGUGACGGCGUGGAACGAGGGGUCCGACCCCCGCGUCAGCGCGACGACAUUUUUGGCAUUGCAAAACCUUCUCUCCCUCCCACCUGCUUUCCUCCGACCGCGGAAUACCCGCGGAUCACCGCCGUCCCAACAACAGCAAUUUGUAGGCUCGUUUGGCGCGGCUUCGGCCGGUCGAGAUGUGGGGGGACCGGAACCCACGGAUAUUCAAAAAGCAGACCUAUUGAUUACGCAACAAUGGCUACGCCUCAUUGUAUGGCAGUCCUCUAUGCGGCAGGGUCUGUUGAGCUGGACAAACCCGGCUGAUUCCGGAGGGGGUGUCUCGUCAGGAAGCGGCGUCGGCGGUGGAAACAGCAUGUGCUUUUCUUUCCCCCUUACAGUUGCUCGUGAUACUGCGUCGAUCCUAGCAAGUCUACCGAGCAAGGCCGUCGAAGUGCACGGGAUGGGCAUCAUGGAGAAGAUUUUCGAAAUCGGAACGUGGUGUGUAAACGUGUUGGGAGCGUGCGAGAGCGUAGGGUUCUCUACGACGAUGGAUUUCACGUCGGGUGAAAUGGGCGUGCUGGGAAGUGGAAGAAAAGGUGCAAGCUUAGACCCGAUUGAGUUCUUCAUAAAAACCCUCAGCGCAAGCGAUAACUCGCGGACGCAGUUCGCCGAGAAACUCCUCACGGCUGCUGGGGAGAACCCUGGUAGUAUGAGGACACAACUCAGUCCGGCCAUGUCAUCCAUGGGGUCCAUGGUAGCCGCGAUGGUGGGCGCUGGCCAGGAGCAAGGGCAGAUGGACUCUACCGGAUGGGGUCAGCAAUCAGGGAGCGUCGUUGGGGAGGUAUUUGACGACGGCGAGGAGAAUAACAAUGGCAAUCGGCCGGUACUGGAUCUCAGAAGCGCCCCGGUGCACCACCAACCCGGAAUGCAAGGCAUGGGGUUGGGUAUCGAACUGGGCGCCGGAGAGAUGGGCGGAGGAAUAGCGGGGGUCGAUAUGGACGGCAGUAACGUCGACCUCAUGAGCCCCUUGGGGCUUACGAGAAGCAACACUGGCAUGUCGGCAGCAAUGAGCAUGUCGGGCUUCGAGACGGCCUGGAGUCCAGGCAGCGGUGGUACGGGACCAAGAGACGGAGGAUACAUGGAUCAAGGUCCACAAGGGCCAUACUCGGCUCAUCGAGAAGGAGGCUACACGGACUUGGGACCUAAUAUGAUGAUGCACGACCGGAUGGCAACUGGUGGUGGUCCCGUAGGAGGCGUCGUUGGAGAUCCAGGGGCCCCAGAUGGUCCUGUGAUGGAUGAUCAGCAACAACAGCACCAGCCCGGACAAGGCAACAGUAACCCAUACGAUAAUAGGAGAGGAGGAGACAAGGGCGGUGGAUAUCGGAACGGCGGCAUGGUCGGCGUUUGGUAA